AUGCUUCUAAGGAAUAGGAGGAAGCUGUUUAGUCUAUGCAUUGCUGCAAUUUGCGUUGGCGUUGUAUACCUUGCCCUUACUGGGGGUGAGAGGACUUUUUUUGCAAAUGAGGUUUUAAGGCGGAAGGGACCGCAGGACUCUACCGUAUCUGCGGUAGCAGCUGUAGCCGAGAAGGUGAAGGAGUCAACUCAGAACAAAGACAUGGACAAAGAGACCGAGAAGAAGAACAAGAAGAAGAAGAAGAAGAGCAAGGCGACUUCGCCGCAAGAUACCAAGAAAUUUUCUGGGAUCAUGCCGUCGAUGCCUGAUCAACAGGCGAAGGAGGAGCUCGGGAGAGCGUCGUGGAAGUACUUCCACACCUUGCUGGCGCGGUACCCUGACCAUCCCACCCCACAGGAGAGAAAGAAGUUAGAGGAGUUUAUCCGGCUCUACGCUGAACUGUACCCUUGCGGCGAGUGUUCGUACCAUUUCGUGAAGAUGUUGGAGAAGUAUCCUCCACAGACGUCGAGCAGGCUGGUUGCUGCGAUGUGGGGGUGUCAUGUGCACAACGUCGUGAACGAGUACUUGAAGAAAGACAUAUACGAUUGCUCGACUAUAUUAGAGGACUACGAUUGUGGGUGCGGUGACGAUCCCGUCCCUGACGAAGACACCGCGAUCUCUGCUCGUUAG